UCUAGUGUGAAAGGGAUCAAAUUGAAGUCAGGAAGCAGCCGUCCGGACUCCGCCAUUAAUAAUUUCUCCAGCACUCCGCUCUCUUUUCCAUAUUCUUCUGGUGGCUUACUAUCGCCGGCGACGAGAUCCGUUACGAAAUGGAGACGGCGGCAGUCAACCGGCUUGGCAGGGCGGCAGUCUGUAUUCUCGCUGUGGCUUCCGCCGUUCUCUACUUGUCGCCGGUAGUCUUCGGAGCCGCCGGCAAGGAGGCUUUCGUGAAGAAGACCGUCGCUGCCCACAACAUCGUUAUCUUCUCCAAGUCCUAUUGCCCGUAUUGUCGAAGAGCAAAAGCUGUUUUCAGUGAAUUGAAGAAAGCGCCAUAUGUUGUGGAGCUUGAUCAGAGAGAUGAUGGUGGAGAAAUCCAGGACGCAUUGUCUACAAUUGUUGGAAGGCGAACUGUCCCUCAAGUCUUCAUUAAUGGAAAGCAUUUGGGUGGCUCUGAUGAUACCGUUGAAGCAUAUGAAAGUGGAAAACUAGCAAAGAUUUUGGGUAUCAGCAACAUCAUCACAAAUGAUGAUCUCUAAAGAGUAAAUGCUCAUUUCUUUGUAGACGGUAGAUAUGUUUUAUUGUUGUAAUAGUCUUUCUUGACUCGAUAUUUUCUACCACACAGUCCCUUAAUCUAGUUGAAUUUCUACAGAUUCUUCGGCAAUAGUUAGCGCAAUACUAUUAUGGAGAAAGAACAUUCAAUGCAUAAUUAGUUUUGUUUAUGCUAA